AUGUCUUUCCGACUCCCACUGCCUACCUCGGAUGGGAGGGUUCAUAGAGAAGAGGAGACUACUUUACUUCGGCGUGCCUCACAUAGGCUGUCCAGCAACAGAUCUGCCCAGGUCGACGGGUCAACGACUCCGGUUCCCGAGAGACCUGUCGAACCCACGGAAGCAACAGUAACAACAACCCCUUCCCCUCCCCCAAAUCGCCGCCAUGUCGUCUUUGCAGACCCCGUCGCGUAUAGAUAUCUUGAAGAGGACCCCUGCGUCAGCGUCGUCGAGCGCAAAGGAAUUCUCAGCGGUUACGAACUCUAUCUAGUCGAACAGUGGGCUUGCUCACGGCAGUCGCCAACGCUGGUCAUAGCAACGUACACAGGGGACCAGAGACAUUCAAUCGUGGUGGGCGUAUUGAGUGUGCCCGAAGAUGAGGCUGCAUGGUCGCCACGGCUCAAGGUAUAUUUUGAAGCCAUACAACAGUACCAUGCCCGUCCGAAAGAAACAGCCUUGGGGUGGCUAAUGGUCACCAAUUUAAGCAGCUUCCCCUCUGCUCUUACCGUCAUUUCAGUUCCCGAGGGUGAUAUAAAGAAAUACCGGCAGAGUUUCAUUGUAAACGAGAACCUCAAGCGCCUUGGAUGUUCUGGACGAUCCGGCAUGACCUUGUCUGAACCUACGCCUGCAGCAAAGGCCAAAUUCCACCAACUUUACAAGACCAACGAGAAGAUACCAUUCUCGGAGGCUGUGGUGGAAUUGGUCAAGCUCUGUCAAGUCGCCCUCUUCAUCUUCGGAAAGCUCGAGCAGGAGUACAUUGACGGGCUUUUGUGCGAUGUGACGGAAACAGCCGUUGCAGAUUGGUGGACAGAGUUUGGCGCCGAUCACUACAACAUGGAACCCUCAGACGGCAUACUUGGACCCAGUACAGUUGCAGCACUCUUGGGCUUAUUGAUGGGAUCGCGUAAUCGACUGAGUUAUUAUGGCGCUCCCAUUGGCAAGGAUGUCUUUGAUAUAGACAGCACGAAGAGAGGAAUAGGCUAUUUUCAGAAAUCCCAGAAACUGGAGCGAACUCGAAGGCUGGACAGACAGACUCUGUACAAACUUCGCCAGGUCACAGCCAAAGCAGCAGCGGGCGAGGGGUGGGGUGUGCAGAAAGCUGUCAAGUCCACUGUCACCGAAAUAGGUGGCAAACGGGGUGAGAUAGUCCUGGGGAUGGUGGGUGGGCGCGACAAGGGCGGUAUAGGCGACAUAGAAACCUUGGACCUUGACAGAUUCAUUUCACUCGCACAAGGCGAGCGCGCAAAGUGGCUGUGGCUUGGCAAGCCGCGGCGAACGGUGAUUGAUCACAACGAAAAGUCCACGCCAGACAUGUCCAACAUCUUGUUUGGCAAAGAGGAACAGCAAGGACAGUCCAAAAGAACCCAGUCUAUGCCUUUGGAUGAAGAACUAGAUUUCCAAAGAAGGGAUGACCCUUCAGGUGUGUACUCUUCCCCGGCACCUGAUUCUGCCACCAGCAUAGCAGUGGAGAAUCCAAGCGAAAAGGAUGCGCAUAAAAGAGGCGUCUUCAAGAGUGUGGCUGGCAAAUUUGGCGAUGCACGUUCGGGGUUUGGACGUUUCAAAGACGCCGUAUACAGUGGAGGCGGUUUGCGUGGGCAUGCGGCCAGACCCUCCAGAGAUGAGUCUGCCGAGGCAGGAUAUACUGCCGCCACACCGUCUGUCCACACGGGAUCAUCGGUUGGUCUGGCAGCUACUCCAACUCCCGGUGGAAUAAACAGAGCUUUCACAUGGAAGAACAAGCCAGAAGAGUACCGAGACGUUUUCAAAGAUGUCACAUCGGCACCUAGUGUGCAAGACGACAUCUCUGCCACACCAAUAUCGUCAAGUCGGCCAGUCACACAGCCAGUGGAGGACGACAGCCCUCCCAGUGACGAUUCGAGACGGCUUUCGCAUAUACCCGAGAGCCGACAUGAAGUCAAAUUCGACACGGCUAUCAAGGACCCAGCAGUGACUGCACGUGAGGCCCAGGGCCCAUUGGCGACGACCAAGAGACAAUUCAAUCAACCUGGGACUCAGGUUUACCGACGACAUAGCAUUGAGGGAAUGCGUCCUGAAGAGAAGCGUCUCAACGAAAAUCGAUGGCCGCGCAGGCUCUCGUUUGGUGAUGCUGAAGAGGCUGUCUUGAGGUGGACUGAGCUGACCAUCGUUGACGAUGGCGCAGAAAUAAGCGCAAGAACAGUGCUGGGGAAGCAGUAUCAGCUUGCAGAAGUCGUGCAGAGCUUAUACAUGAAUAUUCAACAAGUCAAGCAGACUAUCGAGCCAUGGGUCGACAGCAAGAUUGCAUCCAUUGAAGCCAUUGAGGCUUAUUACACAAAACAGCAAGAUGAUUUGCAGAACUUAUACUACCAGUUAUCCGAGUCGUGUCGUUACACCAAGCAAGACUCGGACGAUUUACUUGCUCACGAGCGGGAUCAAAUAACGGCCGCUAUCAAAGAUUUUGAGGUGCUGGUAGCGAGACUUGACUACGAAAUUGAGGCGCUUGUCUCGAGGGUGGACGACGUGGAGGAUGGUGUUGCGCAAUUUGAAGCUCAAGUGCAAGGCGUCGAGAAGAAGGCCGAAGAGCUCAAGGCACAACUGGAGACGGAGAGCUGGUUACAUUGGUUCGUACGAACCAUGACCGGAAUCGGCACGGGUCCGAAUAUUACACGUGCCGGAGAGAGAAGGUAA